AUACAUACAAUAGGAAAAAUUAUAUUCUGCUGAUAUGAGAGAGAUAAAGACUGCAAUCUUCAUCACUCUACAAUAUUGAAUGUCAAUUUUUUUUUUUUUUUUUAUUUUUGUCUGCACUUGAAUCAUAUAUAAUGCAGAUAUAAAAUUUAGUUAAUUACUUCUGAUUUCAUAAUAUUCUGGAAAUGCGUCUAAUUAUUUGUCGUUAAAAAUACAUAAUAGUACAAUUUUAUUUCUCAUUUUUUUUUUGCAAAAUUUCGUUUUUAAAUCUAAUGAAGAGAAUAUGAGAUGAAGUGAAAUUCAAAUGUUUUAUUUUAAACUCUACUAACAUUUUUAUCAGCCUGAAGGUGUAAAAUUUUGGUUGAUUUUAAUUAAUAAUUUGAAGAAAACAAAAAAAAAAAAAAAAAAAUGCCGAACACAUACUUGUAUGCAAUUAAUAAUGAAGGACGAGUUUUUGGUUUAUCGACAAGUGGAAAUAUGUGGAGAGAAUUUAUGUAUUUGGGCUUGGAAUUUAAACAAUUAUCGGCGGUGCCACAUUUUAUGUGGGCUAUUGGCGGUGAUCGACAAGUUUACGUUCACGUUCAUGGUUUAGAUUUUCCCAUAAGAAUCAAAGAGGAAACUUACGAAAAUGAGCGUUGGCUGCCUUUGGAGGGAUUCAGUUGCCGAUUAUUACCAACUGAUAGGUUCAAUUUUUCAAAUCAUGAUGGAACUGUCGAUCGUAGUCGUGAUAAAGUUAAAUUGCCAUCAAUGGCUUGGCAAUGGGAAGGAGAUUGGCAAAUUGAAACAACUUUGGAGGGACAGCCUCUUGAUCAUGAUGGUUGGACGUAUGCCAUUGACUUUCCGGCGAAAUAUUUUCCAAAGAAAAAUUGGAAAUCUUGCGUGAGAAGACGAAAAUGGGUUCGUUAUCGAAGAUACAGUGCAAUGAAUUCUUGGUGUGCUAUUGCACCUCUUCAUAAAGAUCCGACGAAGGAGCCAUUCAUUGAUGUAGCUAUUGGAGGUAAUCAAAUUCCUGGAGGAAAUUCAGGAGAAUUGGUCGUUUGGGCAGUAACUGCACACGGAAGGGUAAUGUUUCGAGUUGGUGUUAGUACAACAUCACCUGAAGGUUUACGUUGGAGUGCAAUUAAAUUGCCAGCUGGUUAUGAAGUAUCACAAAUGAGUGUUGGACCAUCGGGUUUAGUUUGGGCAGUAUUACAAAGUGGAAAAUCAAUUGUUCGAACGGGAAUAACACGCGAAAAUCCAAUGGGAGACGAUUGGACGGAAGUGGAAGCACCGGAAAAAGAACGUUUGAUUCAAGUUAGUGUUGGUUUGGAUUCAGUUUGGGGAGUGACUCACAAUGGAAAUGUUUGGUUUCGAAAAGGAAUUAAAGGCGAAAUGAGUGGAAUAUGCGAACAAUUAGCCACUGGAACUGGAUGGGUCGAAAUGGCUAGUAGAAUGGCUUUAAUUUCAGUUGCUCCAAACGAUCAGGUUUGGGCGAUUGGAAUGGACGAUCGAUGUCUAUAUUAUCGAAGUGGAAUUACACGCUCGGAAUUAACUGGCAAAAAAUGGAAAAUAAUUAACGUACCUCUUCAAUUGAGCCGAGCUAGUAGUAAUGCAAGUUUAACUUCGAGCAAUAGACACAGUGUAUGCGGAACUCCACAGCAACAGAGACAUCAAAGUUUUGGCUCUCUGCAAAAUCGUCCACUAAGCACAAGUGAUUCGUCUUCAGUUAUUCGCGAUUGGGAAGAACAAUCACGAUCAGCUCCAAAUGCGUCGUCUGUGAGAAUUUGGCAUAAAUCGAAAAAUGGCACGCCAACGAGUUUAGAAUUAAAACAAUCAUCAUUUCAAGAAAUGUAUCGAAAAGAAGAAAGUAGACGAUCCGGCAAUUCAUUAGACACUGCCGAUGUAACAGAAGCAAGUGUAGCGAAUAUUACAAUUUCCAAUGAAUCUUUAGCUAAAAGUGGCGAAUCGAUUGUCGUUUCUGGAAAAGGAAUGAGUAGUACUGUCAAGAUAAAUCCCGCUGCUUGGAGUCCUGUUCAUUCGGUUGGUUCAAUGGUUGGUGUUGAGGCACAUCCAGAAACCGAUGGAAGUGUUUUUGAUCCAGAUUUUACUGGCGAUUCGGGAAUUUUUGGCGAGGAUGAAAGUACCGCUGGAAUGUAUUGGGCCGAGUGCGAUGUUCUUUGGUAUAAAGUUGAGGCUGGUGCUUGUUUCGUUGAUCUUAGCAAUCCUCCAAAAUGGAUCGCAGAUGGAAAUGGUACAGCCCAAGGUGAGACAGCGGAACCAUGGAGAAUUUAUAUAUUAAAGGAAUUGAAAGAGCGAUUAAAAACUGUUGAAUUCGAUUGUACGCAAUUUGAAAAGGCCGUUGAAAAAUCUUCAUGGGUGAAAAAUGGAGAAGCAAAAUACAAAUUGAAAAAUGGAGCAUCCUUUGAAGAUUGUGUGAUUGAAUUAGAAUGGAUCAGUAGUGACAGCGGAUCUUUGGAUUCUGGAACUUUAACUGUAUUAAAUCCUGAUGGCGCAACGACUGUGGUUCAAUUUCCAAUUUCCGAGAUAGUAUCUGUAGCUGGCUGUAGUGAACCGGGAAAUCCACGAAUUGCUCUUCAUACACCGCGUUUAAAAUGUUCAAAAGUUUUGAGAUUACAAUUUGCUAGUGACACUGAAAUGGAAGAUUGGAUGUCGCAUCUUACUUCAGUUUCUUGUCAAAUGAAUAAUGUUUAUGGAAAACCUGGUCCUAAUUCUAUAUGGGCAUCAACCGCCUUAGGAGAUGUUUUCGUUUAUGAUCCUGCGAUAGCGGAGGGCAAUCAACAAGAAGAUGGAUUAUUUGUUCAGGAAUUGGACGCAGCGGGAAAAAGUCUUCCAUACGAAAGCAUUCUUCAAAAUGGUUUUGGUCCUGGUAGUAGUUUAGAAAUUUCCGUCUGCGUUCAUGACGAUGCCGAUCGAUUGUCAUUUAAUCUCGUUUGCUAUUCGGCAAUGAAUUCAAAGCAAAAAAAUUCAUCGGAAACAAAUGAUCUUGCAUUCCAUUUUAAUCCACGUUUACGUGAAUCAAUUAUUGUGAGAAACACAUAUCAAAAUGGACAAUGGGGCGAUGAGGAACGUGAAGGAGACAGUCUUUUGAAAUCGGGUUGUGAUUUUAGUUUGAAAAUUAUUUGCGAACAGCGUGGCUAUAAAGUGUUGAUUGACAAUGAACAAUUUACAUUUUACAAUCAUAGAAUACCACCGCAAAAUAUAACACAUUUGAGAUUGAAAGGUCUUAUGACUUUAUACAGUGUCGUUUACAAAUCAACUGCCAUGAUUAUUGAGCCAAUAACAAUGUUUUGGCGUCAAAUUGGAGGACAUUUGAAAAAAGUUGAAACUUGUCAAUCGGGAAUCACUUGGGGUAUUGGUUACGAUAAUACUGGCUGGGCUUACACUGGAGGUUGGGGAGGAAAUUUUUUGAAAAGUUUAGGUACAGGUAAUAAUGGAAUAAAUUCAAUGGUGGACACGCAUAAUUAUUAUGUUUACGAAAAUCAAAGAUGGAAUCCCGUAACUGGUUACACUUCCCAUGGUUUGCCAACUGAUCGUUAUAUGUGGAGUGACGUUACUGGAAGACAUAAACGUACUCGUGAGCACACAAAAUUGUUGUCAAUGCAUUGGCAAUGGGUUUCCGAUUGGAUAAUUGAUUUUCAUACGCCUGGAGGAGUUGAUCGUGAUGGAUGGCAAUAUGCAACUGAUUUUCCAUCUCAAUAUCAUGGGAAAAAGCAAUUUACAGAUUUAGUGAGAAGACGAAGAUGGUUUAGAAGAUGUCAAUUGUCAACAAGUGGUCCUUGGCAGGAAUUGGGAAAUACCAAAUUGCUCGACGUUUCCUUACAGACAAUGGAGGAUUCUGAAUGUGAAUCUCUAAUUCAUGUUUGGGCUGUGGCAACAAAUGGCGAAGCAUUAUUUCGACAUGGAGUUUCAGAAUCCUGUCCAAUGGGCGUUUCGUGGGAACACAUUCCAAGUGAUCAAGCAUUAAUCGGCAUUUCGUGUGGACCAAAUGGACAAGUUUGGGCAGUCGCGAAAAAUGGAUCCUGUUAUUGGAGGUUUGGCAUCAAUAACACCAAGCCCACUGGUGACGCAUGGCAAAAUGUUGAACCACCUGCUGGCGCGCAUAUUAAACAAAUUUCUGUUGGAUUCAAUGUCGUUUGGGCUUUAGACACCAAUGGAAAAUUGUCCGUUCGUCGUGAAAUUCAAGCUAAAGUUUUCCCCGAAGGCACAUAUUGGCAAACAUUGCCAUCAAUGCCUAAUGAUCCAAUUCAUAUUGAUCUUUCGGUUGUGACUGCAAAGCAAGGAUUUCGUCAUAUUUCCAUUUCAAAGGAAUCAGGACAAGUGUGGGCUAUUUCAGGAGCAGGAAUUGUUUGCCGAAGAAUUGGAAUUACCGAUGAAAAUCCAGCUGGAAAUGGAUGGUCAACUGGCAUUGGGGCAAACUGGCAACACAUAAGCGUUGGAGGACUCUCUCAUAAAUUGAAAUAAAUACCUUCCCUCUCAAUCUUUUAUCGCUUUUAUGUGUCAAAUUAGUCUCAGUUAAAAUUUGUUUAAAAAUGAAAAACGUUGUAAACCGAAUGUAAAUAAUACUUUCAAGAAACUCAAAAAGACAGUACUAUAUAUAAUAUAAGAAAAUUGAUUCGAAAAUUAUUGUAUUACAAUAUUCGUUUACGAGAAUUCGUAAUCUAGUCAAUUUUUUGUUUUUACCUUUUAUUUUUUUUUAUUUCUACUUCUAUGUUUUUUUUUAGUUUCACUUUGUUAUCAAUUAAUUACUGUAAUUUUAAAUGUUUUAUUUACAUAUCAGUUUUUUUUUUAUUUUUUUUUUUUAAUCUCCGGCCUAAAGUAAUUUUUUUCUUGAGUAAAUUUUUGUUUAAUAUAAUUUUUUAUAUAAUAUAUAUAUUAUAUUUUUCUAAUUAACAAAGACUGUUUAAUUUUUGUGAUCACUUGAAAAAUGACAUUUUAGUAUUUUUCUUUUUACAACUAUAUACAUUUUUUUUUACCGAAUAUAGAUUAUAUAUAUUACAGCAGAGAGUAAUUGAGAGUAAGCACGUAAUGCAAAUCGCGCUUUUCUAUUAAAGUCUGCCCCCUCGCGGUCAAAAUAUCGAAGCUUAGGUGGUUAGCUAUAUAUAUUCCUUAAAUCGGUGAGGCUACACACAUACGCAUAAUGUAAUGGCUAAGCCGAAUGACGUUCGGAAUUGAUCGGGCGGGCUCGUGUAUCUUUGCGUGAAUUAGAGAAACUAACUGAAAACGAACCGUGCGGGCCUCAUCCAAUGUUUUGACUUUUUUUCAGAUAAAGUAUAUGAGCCGGUUUUUGAAACAAUUCACUAAUCGACAAUAUUUUUAAGGUUAAAUUUAGAAAUUUUAAUUUAAAUUAGUAAUUAAAAUACAAUUUUAAUUUAUUAUUUAAAUUUCAUUUUAAAUUUUUAUAAAAUUUAGAAUUCUAAAUGUUCUCUCUUCGAAUGCAUAGUUGAAUAAGUACGAAAUUCGUUUUCAAUAAAUCUUAUCAUAAUUAUUUUAAAUUUUUAAUUAAAAUAUGUUUUUCUUAAACGUAUGGGUGAUUUCACGUGAGAUUUCAGUCGACCCUUUAAAUUCAGCCAAAUAUAAUUUUUUCGUGUUCUGUAGUGAAAAAAAGAUACUUUCUUUAUGCAAAUUUUCGAGUUAUUUUUCAAAAUUUCAGUUUUGUAAAUGUAGACAAAAAACUGGAUUUUUUCAAUUUUUGCCAAGAGAAGAAAAGUUCCAGUUUAUCUUUUACUUUUCAAUAAUGUUAACGAAAUUAUAUUUUCAUUUUUUAUUAAAAAAUAAAAAAAUUUUAUAAACAAAUUAAGUUUUUUUAAAUUGGAAUAUGAUUUUUAAAAAGAAAUUUUAAACAUACCUAAAAAUACUAAGAAAUACUGGAAAUAACUAAGAUUAUAGGUUUAAAUAAACAUUUAAACACUGCGCGCAGCAUUGUGCACAUUUCUGAAAAGUAAAAAAAAUUGUUAAAUUAUUGUUAAAAAAUUUUCUUUCAUUUUUCAUAGUGAAAUAAAAUUACAGGUUUCAAAAAAAAAUUUUUUAAAUAAUUUUUAACAAUUUAUCAAUUUUUUUUACUAUUCAAAAAUGUGCACAAUGCUGCAAGUGGUGUUUUUUUUUAAAUACAUAAAAAUAUAAAACUUAUUGGCUGACUAAAUUUUUUCACUAAAUCUUCUUCUUAUUACCAGGUAUGUUUUAAAAAAAUCACAUACAAAUUAAAAAAAAAUUAAUUUGUUUAUAAAAAAUUGUUACUUUUUUAAUAAAAAAUGAAAAACAAAUUUUUUUGAUAACACUAUUGAAAAGUAAAAAAAACUGACAUAAUUUUUAUAAAUAUUAUCUUUAUUUAUUUAAUUUAGUUAAACAUAAAUAAUAAUGUGAAACUAAACACCAUAGAAUAUUCUAUACAAAUUAAUAAUGUAUUAAAUUGUGGGUAAUUUUAAUAGGUAUUGACAACAAUGUUUACAAUUUAAAUUUUAAGAAUAUUCUCAUUUUAUUUAAAAUUAAAUCAUUUUUUACUUGGACAAGCCCAAAGAAAAAAUAAUUAAUUAAUUUACAAAAACAAUUUUUCUGAUUUAAAAACCUAUAAAAUAUUUUUUAAAAUUGAUUAUUUUAUUUAUUUAUUUUAAGUUAAAACAUUUAAUCUCUUGACAAAAUGUUUUUAAAUUUAAUAUUUUAAAAAAUGUAAGCUACUUAUAAUGUGUAAGCAUUUACAAAUCGAAAAUUUAAAAGUAUAAUAUAAAAAAAAUUAUAUUUUUUUAUAAACUAUUAAAUAGACAUAAAAAAUUGAUUCAAUUUUAAAUAAAAUGAGAACAUUCUUAAGAAUUAAAUUAUAAACAUUGUUGUCAGUAUUAGGUAAAAUUUUUAAAUUCUAAAAUUUUAUUAUAAUAUUACAAAAAAUAUUUUUCAAAAAUUUUAACGGCAAAAUAAUAAAAAGAAUUUAAUUUUUCUUUUAAUAUGACUUUGACAAAAGCACAUUAUUUCACAUUACUAAUCUAUGAUUUAACUGAAUUAAAUAAAUAAAGAUAAUAUUGUAAUAUCGAAAUUUUUUUUACUUAUUAUAAAAUAAUUAUGAUAUAAGAUUUAUUGAAAACGAAUUUCGUACUUAUUCAACUAUGCAUUCGAAGAGAGAACAUUUAGAAUUCUAAAUUUUAUAAAAAUUUAAAAUGAAAUUUAAAUAAUAAAUUAAAAUUGUAUUUUAAUUACUAAUUUAAAUUAAAAUUUCUAAAUUUAACCUUAAAAAUAUUGUCGAUUAGUGAAUUGUUUCAAAAACCGGCUCAUAUACUUUAUCUGAAAAAAAGUCAAAACAUUGGAUGAGGCCCGCACGGUUCGUUUUCAGUUAGUUUCUCUAAUUCACGCAAAGAUACACGAGCCCGCCCGAUCAAUUCCGAACGUCAUUCGGCUUAGCCAUUACAUUAUGCGUAUGUGUGUAGCCUCACCGAUUUAAGGAAUAUAUAUAGCUAACCACCUAAGCUUCGAUAUUUUGACCGCGAGGGGGCAGACUUUAAUAGAAAAGCGCGAUUUGCAUUACGUGCUUACUCUCAAUUCCUCUCUGAUUACAGUGAAAUUAUAUAGAAAAAUGUACUUUUAAAAAUUUCAGUCUUAUUCUAGAUUAUAAAUUUAAACAAUGUAAUUUAAAUAGUGUAUACUUAAUAAUGAAAUUAAUUAUUAUUUAUUGUAGCGUUCUUUUAAUAAUAAAGAUUUUUAAAUAAU